AUGAGUCUGAGGAGACUUCCCAUACGCCAUCUGGGCCAGUUGCCCACAUCUCUGGCUUCACCAUGUGCAAGUGCAAGAUCUGGAUGCACCUCAUCGAGGAUACCCGCGAAUCGAAGGGCACAGAGCUCUAGAACGGCUUCCACGCGCCAUCUCGCACAGCAGGACUGCACAGCACAUCGACUGCCAAUAAGAUCAAUAUCCUGUGGGUUCGGAGGCAGGAUCAGAGGGAGCAGGGCCUAUGCUUCUGUGUCUGCGGCUGAGCUACAAUUCGGCCAGCCAGUCCACGAAACGCAUCCGCAUCUGCUGAGAGCGGGCGAGUUAACGCCUGGCAUCACGGCCCAAGAGUACGCGGAUCGGAGGGCGAAUCUAGCUGCGAGUUUGCCCAAGAACGGAAUUGCCAUUCUCGCCUCAUCAGAUACCAAAUAUCGAUCCGGCGCCGUUUUCUACGAAUUCCACCAAGAGCCAAACUUUUUAUACUUGACGGGAUUCAACGAACCUGAGGCAGUAGCUGUAAUCCAGAAAGUUGGAACGGGAUCGGACUAUAAUUUUCAUUUGUUUUUACGUCCCAAAGAUGCCAGAGCCGAGUUAUGGGACGGUGCUCGAUCUGGAGAACAAGCAGCGCUUGACGUGUUCAAUGCAGAUGAGUCGGGCGAUAUUAACAACCUUCACUCUUUACUUCCGCCGUUAAUAAAAAGUGCAAGCGAGGUCUAUACAGACAUCGCCAAGCCAGCAGGGUUUGGUCGAUUCUUCCAAAGUCAAGAUGAUCAGGCCAAUGACUUCCAGAAAAUGGUCAAACACAGCAAGGUCAAGCCACUUAAACCUUUGAUGAAUACCAUACGAGUUAUUAAAAGUCGAGCGGAAAUUGCCAAUAUGCGUAAAGCUGGGAAAAUAUCUGGGCGUGCUUUCACGAAUGCAAUGCGCCAACAGUUCACCAAAGAAAAAGACCUCGGUGCUUUUAUGGAUUAUAAUUUCAAAACUGGCGGAUGUGAAACUUCUGCUUAUAUUCCUGUUAUUGCCGGAGGCAAAAACGCCUUAGCCAUACAUUAUGUCCAGAACAAUGAUGUGCUAAAGGACGGCGAGAUUGUUCUGGUCGAUGCGGGAGGUGAGUACGGAGGAUACAUCGCAGACAUAACGAGAUCAUGGCCCAUAAAUGGUAAAUUCUCCGAUGCCCAAAAAGACCUCUACGAGGCAAUACUGCGAGUUCAGAGGUCUAGCGUAGCUCUGUGCAGAGAAAGUACCAACAUGUCCUUGGAUAACAUCCAUGAAAUCACGCAAAGCGGACUCAAGGAUGCCUUGAAGAGUCUUGGAUUUGAUGUCUCUGGUGAUGCAAUGGAUGUGCUUUUCCCACAUCAUGUGGGACAUUACAUUGGGCUGGAUGUACACGAUUGUCCAGGAUACACUCGGUCAACGGCUCUCAAAGCUGGAUAUUGUGUGACAGUAGAGCCGGGAAUUUAUGUUCCCAAUGAUGAAAGAUGGCCGGAGCAUUUUAGAGGGAUAGGUAUUAGGAUUGAAGAUAGUGUAUGUGUUCAAGAAGAUACAGCAUUGGUCUUGACUACGGAGGCUGUAAAAGAAGUUGUUGAUAUAGAAGCUCUGAGAGAGUAG